UCCCGAAGUUCCGGAUACAGAGGCUGGGGGCAGCUGGGGGAGCCCCGAAGUUCCAGGGCUUGAGAGGGCGCGGAGACCCCGAAGUUCCGUUGUCGGGGUCGGGGAGGGGACAGUGCGAGCGGUUCCCGAAGUUCCGGACCCGUCAUUGGAGGAGGCUGUGAAGAUGUCUCCGACGUUUCGGACCUGGGGUGGAGGAGCGACGCGAGGGAACCCCGAAAUUCAGGACCCGGGGAUGGAAGGGUGGCAGGGGCGUCCCCGAAGUUCAGGAGCCAGGAACAGCGCGCAGGAUCCCCUAAGCUCUGGACCUGCGGUUGCAGGAGGUAGAUAACGUGUCCCCGAAGUUCUGGACCCGGAGUGGGGCGGGGCGUCGCAGGGAUCCUGGAAGUUCCAGGGUCGGGGGCGGCACUUCCCGAAGUUGGGGCGCGCACAGGGCACCCUGGUCCUGACCCUGGGAACUCGAUCCUGACUGAAUAUCAGAUCCCCUGGACUGGGGCUCCUGGGGUGGGGCUUCGCCCCCGCACGCGAUUGUGGAUCCCGGACACCGGGCGGAGUCGGGCUCCCCUUUGGAGCCCCGCGGCCGGCAGCGUCCGAGGCGCAUGACUCUUGAGGCCAAGCCAGCUGUUCCUACCAUCCCCCUGGCUGUCCCUUGGAGCCCACCCAGACAAGCCUGACCAAUGUCCACAGCCAGGGAGCAGCCCAUCUUCAGCACACGGGCGCACGUGUUCCAGAUCGACCCGGCCACCAAGCGGAACUGGAUCCCCGCGGGCAAACACGCACUCACUGUCUCCUACUUUUACGAUGCCACCCGCAACGUCUACCGAAUCAUCAGCCUUGGGGGUGCCAAGGCCAUCAUCAACAGCACUGUCACCCCCAACAUGACAUUUACCAAAACGUCCCAGAAGUUCGGGCAGUGGGCAGACAGUCGCGCCAACACCGUCUAUGGCCUUGGCUUUGCCUCUGAGCAGCAUCUGACUCAGUUUGCCGAGAAGUUCCAGGAAGUGAAGGAAGCAGCGAGGCUGGCACGGGAGAAAUCUCAGGAUGGGGGAGAGCUCACCAGUCCAGCCCUGGGGCUCACUGCCCACCAGGUGCCCCCGAGCCCCCUCGUCAGCUCCAACGGCCCCGGCGACGAGAAGCUAUUCCGCAGCCAGAGCGCGGACGCUCCCGGCCCCGCUGAGCGCGAGCGGCUCAGAAAGAUGCUGUCCGAGGGCUCGGUGGGCGAGGUGCAGUGGGAGGCCGAGUUCUUCGCGCUUCAGGACAGUAACAACAAGUUGGCGGGCGCCCUGCGAGAGGCCAACGCCGCCGCCGCCCAGUGGAGGCAGCAGCUGGAGGCCCAGCGCGCAGAGGCCGAGAGGCUGCGACAGCGGGUGGCUGAGCUGGAGGCCCAGGCUGCCACCGCCGAGCCACCCACGGUCAGUGAGAAGGAGGGACCGGGCCAGUCGCUGGAGCAGCUGGAGGCACUAGUGCAAACUAAGGACCAGGAGAUCCAGACCCUGAAGAGCCAGACUGGUGCUCCCCGUGAGGCCCCAGACAGCACCGAGCGUGAGGAGACACAGCAGAAGGUGCAGGAACUGGAGACCCGAAACGCGGAGCUGGAGCACCAGCUGCGGGCAACGGAGCGCAGCCUGGAGGAGGCACGGGUAGAGCGGGAGCGGGCACGGGCCGAGGUGGGCCGGGCCGCGCAGCUGCUGGACGUCAGGCUGUUUGAGCUGAGCGAGCUGCGGGAGGGCCUGGCCCGCCUGGCCGAGGGCACGCCCUGAGUCCGGCCUCUGGGUCUACGUGGGAGCAGGGGCCUGCGGGAGCUAGUUUUACAUGAACGAUUCCCGCCUGGGGCACGGGCCAGGCCGCAGGCGGCACAGUGGGCCAUUCCCCCGGCAGGGACUGGGGCCCGACUCAGCCUGGGGAGGGCCUGUCCACAGUACUCCAGCCGGCCCUGGCUGUUCACAGCUCACGGGCUGUUUUUGAGCUCUUCAUCGUGUAGAAUUUCUAGACUCCCCAGGGCACGUGCUGGUGCCCAAAUUACAUUUCUAAGCGUG